GCCGAUUUUUUGAAAGGCUUACCGGUCUACAACAAAAGCAACUUCAGCAGAUUCCAUGCGGACUCUGUAUGUAAAGCAUCGAAUAGAAGACCAUCAGUGUAUCUUCCCACGAGAGAAUAUCCAUCUGAACAAAUCAUAGUAACAGAAAAGACAAAUAUACUUUUGCGUUAUUUGCAUCAGCAGUGGGACAAAAAGAAUGCAGCAAAGAAGAGAGAUCAAGAGCAAGUGGAAAUAGAAGGUGAGAAUUCGGCGCCUCCACGGAAAAUCGCUCGGACAGACAGCCAGGAUAUGAAUGAGGACACUUAAGCUCUUGACUUUCUCCUCUACUACUUUGCAGGCGCUUCCUGUUUUGUCUCAAAGUGUGUAAAUUUUGCCCCGUGCCCCCAUCUCUCACCCCUCCACUAUGCAGCCCAAACCACUUCUGACUUCAUAGGAGCCAAUGUAUUUAUUUUUUUUUUCUCUCCAUUUUUUUUAUUUAUGCCGUAACACUUACGGAGCAGUGGUGGAACAAUUCAGUAAAUGAUGUAGUAUAACCUUAGUUCCUCCUUUCUAAAAACAUACACUGUCACUUUCACAGGUUUUGUUGAAUCUGUUACCUAAUCAACCAGGCCUAGCUACGGGAGCCUGGGCAGGAGAGGUGGGUCGCUGCCGAACCCUCCCGCGGUACUGCCUUUCCGGUUCAUGUACCCGUUGGCAGAUUACAAGUGGUUAACUCUUCUUUGGGUGUGCCCAGUCCAGCCAUAAGUGUGGGGCCUCACAAUUUUUCACAAAUAUUCUGAAACUGGCACUGCACUAA